UUAACAGGCGCGAACAGGGGCCUUAAUAACGACGGGUGGACGGGGAACUUAACGCAUCAUCGGAAUUACUGCCUUUUUGUGGAUUUACUGUUUUUAAAUAAGGAAACGGGCACAAGGAAAAAAAUCGGAAAUGAAGUUAACAGGAAUAUUUUUGUUAGUGAUGCUGUGGAGCUGCGAGGGCGCCAGAGUGGCAGAGAGCAGAGAUGACAACAGCGUCUACGACCUGUUCGAGCUCGUGCAGGUGCCGAAGAAGAACCACGGAGUGACCAUGGUGAAAGGAGACGACCCCUACAGUCCCGCCUACAAAAUCCUGAACCCCGACCUGAUCCCCCCGGUGCCCGAGAGCGCCUUCAGGGACCUCAUGUACUCCGUCCAGGCGGAGAGGGGCUUCCUGCUGCUGGUCAACUUCAAGCAGUUCAGGCGCACCAGGGGCGCGCUGCUGACCGUGGAGAAGCUCGACGGCUCCGGGCCCGUCUUCGAGAUCGUCUCCAACGGCAAGGCAAACACGCUGGACGUGGUCUUCUCCACCGAGAACAAGCAGCAGGUGGUGUCCAUCGAGGACGCGGACCUGGCCACGGGCCACUGGAAGAACAUCACGCUCUUCGUGCAAGACGACCGCGUUCAGUUCUAUGUGGGAUGCGAGGAGAUCAACAUCGCCGAGCUGGACGCGUCCAUUCAGAACAUCCUGACCCCCGACACCCCGGGGGUGGCGAAUCUGAGGAUCGGCAAGGGGGCGGUGAACGACAAGUUCAUGGGUGUGCUCCAAAACGUGCGAUUUGUUUUUGGGACAACGCUGGAAGCAAUUUUGCGGAAUAAAGGAUGUCAAAGCACAAUUAUGACUGAUAUGAUCACCCUGGACAAUCCCGUGAAUGGAUCCAGGCCAGCCAUCAGGACCGACUACACUGGCCACAAGACAAAAGAUCUACAGAUGAUUUGUGGCUUUUCCUGUGACGACUUAGCUAGCAUGUUUAAGGAACUAAAGGGUCUUGGUGUGGUGGUGCAAGAGCUGUCCAACGAGCUUCGUAAAGUGACAGAUGACAACAAUCUGCUCAAGAAACAGAUGGGAAUUUAUGGUGGUGUCUGUCUCCACAAUGGCAUUGUGCAUAAGGACAAGGAGGAAUGGACAGUGGACGACUGCACUGAGUGCACUUGCCAAAACUCGGCGACAGUGUGUCGUAAGAUCUCCUGUCCCCUGAUUCCCUGUGCCAAUGCAACUGUGCCGGAUGGUGAAUGCUGCCCCCGGUGUGGAACUCCGAGCGACUCUGCCGAGGAUGGCUGGUCCCCCUGGUCUGAAUGGACCCAUUGUUCUGUGUCUUGUGGAAGGGGCAUUCAGCAGCGCGGCCGCUCCUGUGACCGCAUCAAUAACAACUGCGAGGGCACAUCCGUGCAGACCAGAGACUGCUACCUCCAGGAGUGCGACAAGCGCUUCAAGCAAGACGGCAAUUGGAGCCACUGGUCUCCAUGGUCCUCUUGCUCAGUUACUUGUGGAUCUGGCAUCAUCACACGCAUUCGUCUCUGCAACUCUCCUACACCACAGCUGGGAGGAAAAGACUGCCAAGGUCAAGGCAGGCAGACAGAGAAGUGUGAGAAGUCACCAUGUCCAAUCAAUGGUGGCUGGGGUCCAUGGUCGCCCUGGGAUGCCUGCUCGACUACCUGUGGAGGAGGCGUCCAGAACCGCAAGCGUCUUUGCAAUAAUCCACCUCCCAAGCAUGGAGGCAAAGACUGUGUGGGCGAUGCAACAGCAACUCAACUCUGCAAUAAGCAGGCCUGUCCUGUUGAUGGAUGUCUGUCCAAUCCCUGUUUUGCUGGGACCCAGUGCACAAGCUUCCCAGAUGGUUCAUGGAAGUGUGGCAAAUGUCCAGCAGGUUACACUGGCAAUGGCAUCAACUGCAAGGAUAUUAAUGAGUGCAAGGAAGUUCCUGAUGCUUGCUUUCAGUUCAAUGGAGUCCACAGGUGUGAAAAUACAGAACCUGGGUACAACUGCCUGCCUUGUCCUUCUCGCUACAGUGGCCCACAGCCAUUUGGCCAGGGAGUGGAGGACGCUGCUGCAAAGAAACAGGUGUGCACACCUCGUAACCCCUGUCUUGAUGGAACUCAUGACUGCAAUAAAAAUGCCCGGUGCAACUACCUGGGACAUUUUACAGAUCCAAUGUACCGCUGUGAGUGCAAGCCUGGCUAUGCUGGGAAUGGACACAUCUGUGGAGAAGACACUGAUUUGGAUGGCUGGCCUAAUGCUGACCUUGUGUGUGUGGAGAAUGCUACCUAUCACUGCAAGAAGGACAACUGCCCAAACCUUCCGAACUCAGGCCAGGAGGACUAUGACAAGGAUGGAAUUGGUGAUGCUUGUGAUAAUGAUGAUGACAACGAUGAUAUUCCUGAUGAUAGGGACAACUGCCCAUUCAUCUACAACCCCAGACAGUACGACUAUGAUCGCGAUGAAGUCGGAGAUCGUUGUGACAACUGUCCAUACAACAGCAACCCUGACCAGACUGACACGGACAGCAAUGGCGAAGGCGAUGCAUGUGCCGUGGACAUUGAUGGAGAUGGUAUUCUGAAUGAGAAGGACAACUGUCCUUAUCUGUACAAUGUGGAUCAAAGAGAUACUGAUCUGGAUGGGGUUGGUGACCAGUGUGAUAACUGCCCUCUUGAGCAUAAUCCUGACCAGCUCGACACAGACUCUGACCGUGUGGGUGAUAAGUGUGACAGCAACCAGGACAUAGACGAAGAUGGCCAUCAAAACAAUCUGGACAACUGCCCUUACAUUCCCAAUGCCAACCAAGCUGAUCAUGACAAGGAUGGCAAAGGGGAUGCCUGCGAUUAUGAUGACGAUAACGAUGGCAUUCCUGAUGAUAAAGACAACUGCAGACUGGCUUUCAACCCAGAUCAGUUGGACUCUGAUGGUGAUGGACGUGGUGAUGCUUGUAAGGAUGACUUUGACCAGGACAAUGUUCCAGACAUCUAUGAUGUGUGCCCAGAGAACUUUGACAUCAGUGAGACGGACUUCCGCAAGUUCCAGAUGGUGCCUCUGGACCCCAAGGGCACAUCUCAGAUCGAUCCCAACUGGGUUGUCCGGCACCAAGGCAAAGAGUUGGUUCAGACAGUUAACUGUGACCCUGGCAUCGCCGUUGGUUUUGAUGAGUUUAACGCAGUGGACUUCAGUGGGACGUUCUUCAUUAACACAGAGCGAGAUGACGACUAUGCUGGAUUUGUGUUUGGUUACCAGUCCAGCUCUCGCUUUUACGUGGUGAUGUGGAAGCAGAUUACUCAGACCUACUGGUCCAGCACACCCACCAAGGCACAGGGCUAUUCAGGGUUGUCCAUCAAAGUAGUCAAUUCCACCACUGGACCAGGUGAACACUUAAGGAAUGCUCUCUGGCACACUGGGAAUACUCCAGGACAGGUGCACACUCUCUGGCAUGACCCCAAGAAUGUUGGUUGGAAGGAUUUUACUGCUUAUAGAUGGCAUCUAACUCACAGGCCAAGAACAGGACACAUACGAGUUGUCAUGUAUGAAGGAAAGAAGAUCAUGGCAGAUUCUGGAAGAAUCUAUGACAAAACCUAUGCAGGUGGACGACUAGGUCUCUUUGUCUUCUCACAAGAGAUGGUAUACUUCUCAGACCUCAAAUAUGAAUGCAGAGAUGUAUAACUGCACAAGCAGAAGAUUCUUGGAAAAACGCACCUUUCUGUAUAAACAAGAAAAUGUAUUCUGUGCAAAGUCCAGGGACAAACUUUUUGCUACUUUUUCCUUCUGUGGCACGCACUCUGGUGGGGCAGAAAAACACGUUAUCAGUUUCAAGGUAACCGAUGCUGGUUUGGACAGAGCCCAGCUGACUGCCCAUGGAGAAUCAGGACCCCUCCACCAAGAGCAGGUAGAGCAGAAAAAAGCCCCCAUCGCUUUGCUUGAUCAGAAAGACUGAUCUCUCUCUGAAAAACCUCAUUCAGAUCUGUGUGGGAAGGGCUCCCUGCAGACAACUAUGCACUUCACAAUCCUCUCUCUUUCUCUCUUUUCUCUCUGAAUGGAUAUCCAAAGAUGGGGCCAAAUCUUAGACCUUAAUCCUCUGAAAUCAAAACUAAAAAGAGUAAUGAGGCUUUAGCACAUUGAGGCAAAUUACCAACUGGAACAUCUUGGUUCUCCCAUAAUAUUCAUGUGCUUCCAUGUAUUUGAAACAAGUCUGAAAAUACGAAAACAAAUAUUUGACUACAGACAAAACAAAUCAAUCAAAUCAAUUCAACUUUGAUAAAUAUAUUUUUAUCUACAAAUCACAACAAAUGCAUUUUUCCCUUCUAGGGAUGAUAUCCAUUUCUUCACCUAGUUAUUCAAAUAUAAGACAAGUAGGCCUGCUAUUAAGGUUGAGCCAAAUAAUUGCUAAUUAUUUGGCAGAUGCUGAAAGAAAGUUUUAGCUUACCCCCAUUUAUGGGUGGUGAUUUAAACAACUAGAGAAGUUGUGGGCAUAGUUUCCUCAGGGUGAGAUGGGUUAUACCAUCUUAACAAAUAUUUCAGUUAACAUGUGCUCUUAAAAAAGGUGCCAAAAAGUGUUCUUUGUGUAAAAAAAUAAAAAUAAAUAAAUAACAAUGACAUAAUCUGUCAUGACAUGUUUAUGGGAUAGUUGUCAAAGGGCCUCACUCAACAAUAUCUUCUGAAGGUUUUUCUCAUAUUUGUUCUUGAAUAAAGUCCUACAUUAGAUUCAUCACAUAGAUUUUCCUCUUACUUAAGAACAAAUCCCAAAACAGAAAACACCACUGAAUGCCAGAAUCACUAAAUCAUGAAAAUGGCAUAAGUGGAUUUUAAAAAGACAUUCCUUCUUAAGAGUGGUUGGUGAACGCCCAUUUUUUAUGUAGCAGGGUUUAAGCAAAAUGUUACCAUGAAGGUUCUAUACUAAUUUAGUGGUGCUUCCUAGAAAUGUUACAUUAUGUGGAGGUUAACUUCAAAAAUGUUUUUCACACUGACACAUCUCAUUUACAAAAACUGUUCUCAAAAGAACCCUCCAUUGAAAGCUUCUAGAGGGAAUGAAAUGUAGUUCUUCUAUGGCAUUGCACAAAGAACCCUUUUAUUGGUACCGUUAUUUUUAAGUAUAGCGGAAGGCUAUGUUGAAGAGGGCUUGGACAGAGCCAUGUUCAGAAGUCAGUGUGGCGUGAAUAAACUUUGAUUUUCAUAAUUAUUAACAGAGCUCUUUCAAAACUGGAGUCCUGAGUCCAAAAGUCCUGAGAGGUGAAAUGAAAGACUUCUUUACAAAAGGCUGAUUCAUUUAAAAGCACUUGCAAAAUUCCAGUUGAAACUGGAAUGAUUGGACCAUGGAUUCUGUGCAACUCCUAUAUUUAAUAGCAAUAGGUAGCAGUGAGGGUUUUUUAGGGAACACCCUAAUUUUGUACAUAACAUCUUAUCAUUGUACAUGCACAUCUUAUCAUUCAUAAUAGAAUAAUAUCUAAAAGCAAAUUCUCUCUGAAAUCAUGCACAGUGUCACUGGUCAUGGAUAUUACAUAGGCUCUGCCCAAAGCACUCCACUACACCCUUCCCUAGCGUUUUAAUAGAUGACUUAUAGGGGAGGAGUUCAGAGCAGUGUGUUUGACCUGUGUGCCUUUUCUGUAGAGAGUUAAAGGAAUACGAUGUACAAAUAUUACCUCAAUACUGUUGUAUAAUUUGAUCAAUACAAAAUAUUUUCAUAAUAUUACAGAAAACAAAUUGGUUACCUACAUACUGCUACUGUAGCACAAGCUGUAAAUAGUAUUUCCUUAUCAAGAAGCACCCUGCCUUCAACCCUUAUGGUAAAUAGAGCAAGAUGGGAGUUUUUUUAUGCUAGUGCUUCAAGUGUCCAGUACUUUUUUAAAACAGAUAAAUUAUUGUGCUGUUUGUUGUCUGGAAGAUGUUUCAAAUGAGAAAGUGUGUAUGUGUGUGCAUGUGUGUAUGCAUGUGUGAGUGAGUGUGCGUGUGUAGAUAAGUGCUAUUUAAAUAAUUUAUCUGGAAAUGCAGCCUCAGGAGGCAUUUCCAUCUGUAUAAACGGUUUGCACACUGACGUGAGGAUGUUUUGCUCUUUGUUUUUACUUUUUUUGUCCUUAUUAUUUUUGUACAAUUAGUGAUGCUUGUCUGUAAACAUUUUACUUAGUUAUAUGAUGCAAAAUGCUAUUUUUUAUUCAUAGCAAUUAUUUUGGUACAUAUUUCAGAACAAUAAAAAAUGUUAAACCUUG